AUUCGUGGUGCCUUUGACUCGCCUCGGCGGCGACGAACCAGCUUUGGCGGGCCUUGUCCCUCUGCGAGAUACCAAAAUACCACAUCCAUGUACUGGAAGGCGGGCGUUUCGUCCUGCUCACGCAGCGCCAGUGGGCGAUGUUUUGAGUUGGCGCCAGUUGGGAUGUCUUCUUUUGCGGAUGGACCCAGGGGGGGAGGUGGAAGCGAACCUUUGUCCGCCGAAAGCGAGCUCCCGUAUUAUUUACCUAUUCUAUAUCCUUUCCUGCCUUUGCAUGAAGCCUAACAAACCCUUUUUUUUUUCUUCGGGUAUCCUCAUUAGUUUGGGUGGUCAGCUCUCGUGAAUCUACCAUCAGCAUACACACCUAUCAUCUUACCCGGUCCCCCCCUUCUUGACCGUUUUUGUUUCGAAAUUCCCAGUGACACUACCUACACCUUGGGGAAUUUUCCGUCUUGAUACUUCGAACGCCUCAGAGACAAGCGAACGAAGAACACCAAGUUCAAAAAGCAGACUGUCCGUCCGUCGGCAUGUCCCUCGCCGCAGCAGUCUCGGCGGCGCUGCGCCCGCAGAGCUGGCCGACCAGCGUUUGGGUCCUCCUGCUGACGGGCCUGGCCUACGCCGUCGGCUCCCUCGCCUGGCGGCCCUCGUUCCCGCGUAACGCGCCGCGCCUGCUCAAGGGGUACCCCGUGCUCGGCACGCCGCGCUUCUUCUCGGAACGGGGCAACUUCCUGAGCGAGGGCCGCCGGUUCGCCGCGUCGGGCAACUGGAGCUUCUACUUUGGCAAGAUGCGCAUCGUCGGGUUGUCCGGGGACGAGGGGCGACGUGUGUUUUUCGAGAACCGGGAUUUGGAUUUCACAAAAGGAUACGGCGCGCUCUUCAACGCCACCCCGCGAAUCGAUGUUUCCAAGGACCGAUCCUCUGGAGACGAUUUCGGCGUAAAGUUUAAUUGGAACCUCGUGAAGCUCCUCCGCAGGGACGUCCUGUCGAACCGCCUCCCGCUCCUUAUCAACGACACGCGCAAGUCAAUGGACGCCAUCGCCGCGCGCGUCGACCCGGCUUCCGGGUUCGGAACGAGCGACCCCUUUGAGGACCUGUACCAGCUCGUGUUCCAGCUGACGAUGCGCAUGGUCGGCUGCGACGAGAUUGCCGAGGACCCGGCGCUGAUGGUCCGCGUGCUGCGCAUCUACGAGUCCAUUGACGCCGCGUCGACGGCGACCAAGAUCAUGUUCCCGUGGAUGCCGACGGUGGGCCACCUGCGCCGCGUCUACAGCGGCGCCAAGAUGUACAUGCUGCUCGAAGGGUUCAUCAAGCAGCGCAAGGAGCGCGGCGUCGGCAACGACGACGCGCUGCAGUUCCUCAUCGACAACGGCGACAGCACGGCCGAGAUGGUGGCCUUCAUGGUCGGCGCGCUGUUCGCCGGGCUGAUCAACAGCGGCAUCAACGCGGCGUACCUGCUGUGCUUCCUCGCGGCGGACGAGCAGUGGUACGCGGCGGUGAGGGACGAGGUCGACGGGGCGAUCGCGCGGCGGCGGCGGUCGGAGGCGCAGACGCCCGAGGAGAUACUGGCGGGGAUGAGCAUGGACGAGUGGGAGGCCGAAUUCCCGCUCAUCGACGUCGGGCUGAAGGAGACGAUCCGGCUCACCAUCACCGGGUGCGGGUUCCGGUACAACGCGAGCGGCCGGGAUGUGGCGAUCGGCGCCAGCGGCGAGGUGGUGCCGGCCGACGCCUAUGCGGUGUACCACUUCGACACGACGCACAUGAGCCCGGACUUCUUCCCGGACCCGCUGCGGUGGGAUCCCGGGCGGUAUCUGCCGGGCCGGGAGGAGGACAAGAAGGACCCGCACGCGUUCAUCGGCUGGGGGACGGGACGGCAUCCGUGCCUGGGUAUGAGGUUUGCGAAACUUGAAAUGGCCAUCACGACGGCCCUGUUCAUCGCGCGGUUCGAUUUCCGCCUCGUCGACGCCGACGGGAAGAAAAUGGAAAGGGUUCCGGAGAACUCGGUUGACAGGAACGCUCACGCGGCGUCGAAGCCGCGGGAGAAGAUGUUUUUGCGGUUCAAGCUGAGGACCUAAGCUGGGGAUAAGGUGGGUUUGUUUGUUGCCUUGAGCAUGAUCGGCGUUGUUGGGAUUAUGAAGACUAGAUUGUAUCGUACGCUUUGAGUAGC